GACAACCUUGUGCAAGAAGCCGCUUGGGACAGUCGAUCCUCCGUCGCCACAUCACGAUCGACACCACCAUGCUGCAGGUGUCGCCCGAGCUCCUCCAGGCCAUCGUGAGCUUCCUGCCGUCCAAGGACAUGGCGCUGCGCACGCCAGCGCUCCAGCUCGUCGCGACCUUGACGCAGGCAGUCGGGCCCCAUGUGUUCUCACGUGGCCACGACCUCGAAGCGCUCGCGCAGCUCGAGAACGCAUACUGCAUCCUUGACCAGCUCUUGACGACAAGCCACACCCUCUGCGUGAGUGCACCGACGGCUCUGUCCACCAUACCUUCAGUCGCGACGCCACCGCGCGUGCGGCCGACGCUGCACCGCCUUUGCCUCGAGAUUACGGACUGGACCGACGAUUCGCGUGUGCUCGCGUGCCUGCAGCACGUCUUCGCUGUUAACGCAGCAUCGCUUCAGUCGAUCGAGGUUCAUGUCUCGGCGCCACACGAUCGGGCGCCGCAGGUAUGGAGAAGCCAGUGGCAGCACGGCUUCCUCACGACGCUGGUCCAAGGUCUUGUCUCGUUGCGUCAUGUGGCGUCUCUGUCGCUGCGUUCCGUGCAUGGGCUACGCUUUCCAGAGCAGGAGGCGACAGCUCUCGCUGCCUGGAUCGACGAGACACCGCUGACGUCAUUGCGCAUGGAAAACAUCAACGAGCUCUCGCCAGGCCGACAGCUCUGGGCCAAGCCCACGCUCACGUCCUUGUCUCUCGAUCCGAUUUUUCGACUUGACGACAGUGCGACCUUUGCGCACUCGUUGACAUAUGUCGAUCUACAACUCUUUGAUGCACGCCAACUAAAGGACAUGGCCACAACGCUGGCCAAUAGUCCGAUAAAAUCGCUGCACGUGCGGCUCAUGAAUAACACGUCCCGUCAAGACGAGCUAGCGACGCAAGGUUUUUUUGAAAUCGACCUGCCGCGGUUCGCCCAGCUCACGACGUUGCACUUGACCAACAUCCAUCUCUCGACGACUCACUGCCUCACGCUUGCGCUUCUUCUACCACGCUUCAAACACCUCGCUCUCACAACCAACAAGCUGGGCGACACCGGUGUCCUUGCUCUUACGCCCUUUCUUCGACAUGCGUCGCUAGUCGAGACUCUCACGCUGGUCGACCAAGGUUUUGGUGACGCUGGCGCGUCGGCGCUGACGCAUACGCCGCGCCUUUGUAUGCUCAACCUCAGCCGCAACAAUAUCAAGUUGGGUGGUGUCUUGGCGCUGAGUGGCCUGUUGCCGCAACUGUCACGACUGGCGACGUGGCGCUUGUGCAGCAACCCGCUGGGGGCCAAAGGUCUCGUCUUUCUUCUGCGUGCGUGGACGUACGUGGAACUCGACACGACGACAUUGAUCGACGCCCGCAGUACGGUCGGCAGUGAGGACGAUUCUCGGGUCGUUGACGCGUUGAUCGCAGCGCUGCCGUCGCACCGGACGUGCUUGGCAGCGCUGGAAGCGCCGGCGAUCGAGAUCAAGAGAAACAAUAUGGCCGAAUUGAUGGCUGAAGCACCGCUACGAGAUGACCGUGUCAUGCGCCAAGCGACGCCAUGGUUCGAGUUCAUACCUCACUUCGUAGAGUAG